GCUCCCCCAAUCAUCAAAGCCCCCGUUCCGGCAAGGAAUCCAUCUGCUCGGCUCACCGAACCACCCUUGCCCCCGAAAGGCACACAUAGAACCCGAGUGGGCGGUGAUUUGGGAUCCAUCAAUCAGGACUAUGAAGAGCCACGGUCUAUGCUGGCUCGUGAUCCGGACUUUGUGUCACAACGGAGACCACAUCCAUUGACCCGAUUAUCACUAUCACCACAAUUGGAGAUUGUGGAAUCCCAACGCUGCACCGGAUCCGCCACACGUCAACCGAUAUCUAAUGACAAUUCGAUGUCUCAUGCAGACAGUCGUGAUGAUAUCGAUUUGACGCUACCAAAACGCUGUCUGACCACACAAGCUCGACGUUUCAGUGCAUUCAUGGAUCCGCCUUGGACACUGGCUGGUGCACUGCACCAUCGUUAUAAACCCAAUAAGUGGACACGAUUGAACUUGUGCUUGCUCAUCGGCGGCUCGCGCCUCAUCGGAUACCGAACCGGUCAUGCAUUAACUCCGAACUUGGUCCUGUUCCUGUGCGGUUCAUCUGGGAUUUAUGCCGGGCGUGAUAGUGGAAUGGAUCAUGUCAUUAAAAUUGCCCAUUCAACGCGAGGUAUGGCUGUGCUGGCCGCGGAUACCGAGGAACAAGCAUUGGUUUGGAUCCGAUUUCCAGCUUCCUCGUGGAGUUUACGGGAAGACCCACUUUUCGAUAUCGCUUUGGAAUUUUUCCUUUUUUGCCGUACAAAGAUCGAUCGGCCGGGAUAA